AGAGACUCAUGAAAAUACUGUGGAACAAACAAGAAAGCCAAUGUGCAGAAGUUUGUUCUGGAGUGUUCUCCUAAAAUAAAUCAAGAAACAAAUAUUUUGGGUGUCUUCCAAGUCUCAACUUCCUCAACAUUGUUCUGUCUGUAGCACAGCCCCCAUAUGUAUGCUCCAUUCGCUGUCCUCUUAUUGUUAGUCACCCAGUCAUUUUUCUGAUGUGCAGAUCUUAAGGAGGCAUACUGAACAGAGAUGGGAAUGACAUACCUUUUCCUGAUAUUGGCAGUGUUUUCUGUUGUGGUCAAGAGUCAGCUCAAACCCCAGGUUUCCAUGGUCCUCACAUUCAAGCAAGUCUACUCUGGGGAUACAAUAAUUCUGAGUUGUGACAAAAGCACAGGUAAGGUAAAAUGGUUCUUCAACAAGGUUGAGGAUCAAAAUCAAGCCAACAAGACAUGGAGCAUAAGGGCUGUCUCUGCUAAGAACUCCGGCUCAUAUCAGUGUGAGAACAAUGGACAGAAGAGUGACAACUUCAACAUCACAGUUCUAGAGUACCUUCCACCUGCCACUCUGUUGAUCAAGUCAGGGGAGCCAGUCAUCAACAUAGAUGGCUCAGUAGUCCUGGAGCUGCUGGUGGAGGAGGAUAAGAGUCUGAAGGGAUGGUGCUGUUGGGUGUACAAGGCUGGGAGAGUACGAAGAAUAACACUCAAGAAAAGUCUGACGACCGAAAAUCACAAAGUGUUGACCUUUCAACCCAGCAAACUGAAAGAAAACGUCGCCAUCUACUGGUGUAGUGACGAGACUAACCUGAGGAGCACCCCCCUCACCAUCAAGACCUCAGACCAGGUCGUACGGAUGAUUAUAUUGCCUGGGCCUGCUCUUUUGGGGGAGAAACUGAGUCUGCGGUGUGUUGUGUCGGGGACCGACCGAAUUAGCCACACUAUAUUCUACAAGGAUAAACAGACGAUAAAAGACGGUUCCAGUUCUUCUCAUGUUAUCGACAAUGUGACCGAGUCCGACCAGGGGAUAUACAGCUGUCAAGCCACCUUUACGCGAAGCGACAAAAGAAUGCCAAACACAUUCAACUCAACUCAACAAGAACUGAUUGUUUCAGCACCCCCUAUGAAGGCAGUUGUCUCGGAGUCCGCUGGCCUGUCCUGCUCAUGCUCCAGCUGCCCCAACGGCGCCCUCUAUCACUGGUACUACAAACAGCACAAUCCUCAGUGGCUACCUAAAGGCAUCAGGGAAAGCUACACAGGUUUCAUGCCGGCUGGUAGUUACGCAUGCAGAGCAGUGUGGAAAAACGGGAGGUCUGCACUAAGCAAUAUCCAUCAUUAUGACGUCGACGCUCAAGAGACACAUGUGCUACUGAUCACCAUUGGGUUGAUCGUCUUGGGGGUUAUGCUGGUCAUAGGAGCCAUAGUCAUGUAUCGCAAGAGGAGGACUAGGGAAGAGGCCAUUUACCAAGAUAUGCCCCUGAUGACAGUGAAGUCGCAGGAUGGAGGAGAUGGGGGGUACGAGGAGCUCCACAAAAAACAUGGUACCAAGAGAGAGGGAGAGUACGACACCCUGAACACAACUCCAGCACAAGCAGCAGGAGGAGAGAAAACAGAGGGAGCGUACGAAGCGCUGAAGAAAGCGGAAGGAAAGGAGGAGGAGUACCACACCUUGGAGGAAGGAGCGGCGAAAGGUGGGGAUGGGGGGUAUGAAGCAUUGAAAAAGUCCAAAGAUGAGGGAACUGGGGAUCUGUACCACACCUUGGGGGGAAAGGGGGCGAAAGGUGGGGAUGGAGGAGAUGGGGGGUAUGAAGCGUUGAAAAAGUCCCAAGAUGGGGGAACUGAGGAUUUGUCGCAUGCUUUGGGGGCAGAAGGAGGCAAAGAGUGAGAUGGAGAGUUUGAAGCAUUGAAGAAGGCUAAAGAGGGGUAUACCGAUCUCUGGGAGCAGAAAGGGGAGAGGAGAAGUAGGCCUAGAUCUGAGACAAUAGGAAGUCCUGUAAUGGCAAGAGGAAAGGUGGGGUGUAGGAUCGGUGGCAUAGCGCAGUUUUGCAGGGCCCCCCGCAAGGUCCAAGCAAGGCAGUUUUAUAGCUAAGCUCAUGCUAUUUGACCCAUUUUGCCAUUAGGCUGAAAGAAAAGUUUGCUGUUUUAGAGCUCAUUUCCUGCUAUUCUACACAUUUUGCCAUGAAUCUGAGAGAACAGUUUGUAGUUUUAAAGCUAAUUUCCUGUAAUAAAAAUAAAUAAUUCCUCCCGAGUGGCGCAGCGGUCUAAGGCACUGCAUCCCAGUACUUGAGGCAUCACUACAGAGUUGAUCCCAGGCUGUGUUGCAGCUGGCCGCGACCGGGAGACCAAAGAGGCGGCGCACAAUUGGUCCAGCGUCGUCCGGGUUAGGGGAGGGUUUGGCCGCCCGGGAUGUCCUUGUCCCAUCACGCUCUAUCGACUCCUUUUGGCAGGCCGGGCGCAUGCACGCUGACUAUGAUCGGCAGUUGUGCGGUGUUUCCUCCGACAUAUUGGUGCGGCUGGCUUCCAGGUUAAGCGAGCAGAGUGUCAAGAAGCAGUGCGGCUUGGCAGGGUCGUGUUUCGGAGGACGCAUAGCUCUCGACCAUCGCCUCUCCCGAGUCCGUACGGGAGUUGUAGCAAUGGGACAAGACUGUAAACUACUAAUUGUAUAUCACAAAAUUGAGGAGAAAAAAAUAGGGGUAAAAAAAAUAGAAAUAAAUAAUAAUAAUAAUUAAUGUUUUAUGACAUGUACAUAUGUUAUCUGGGAUGCCCAACCUUCGGAGGGUAUCCCAACCCCCCAAAAAAUGUAAUAAUUGUUUAUUUUUGGGUUGUGGGAGGGGGGGGGGUGUAUGAAGCUAGUGUGUAGGAUAAUGCUUUUAUCUUUGUAAUGUGUGAAGUGUUUAAAAGGAGGGAUUUCAAUACUUACUUUUCUUUGUAAUAUUAGACAUUUUCAGUAUUGUUUUAGACCGAUAUCAACUGCAACACUGAAUGUUUGACAAAAAA